CUUGUUUGGUGAACUUUUUUGACAGGUAGAAACCGUGUGAAAAUCGUAAAAUGUUGUAAAACGGUGAAUUAUGUGAGGAUUCAACAAUGUUUUUAUAAAAACAUUGGUUAUAUAUGAGGAAUGCGUUAAAAUAAUAUCAACACACGAUGGCAUUCCUAUGUCCAGUGAGGAUACGAAGGGGGAAAAAGAAGAAAUCCAGCAGUGGAGAUUCCGACAAGGAUCUAUCACGGCCAGGGUCAGGACUCAGUCCUGGCAUGGGCCGGAUCACGGGGUCUGCAAGUAUUGAGACCCUGGUCAGAGUCGGUAUUGAAAAGGAACAUGGUCUCAGCCCAGAUUCCAAGAUGGUGGUGCUGCAUGACUUUGCACCUUGUGUUGAUGAUGAACUUGAGGUUAAAAGGGGCCAAAUUGUAAAUGUAUUAUACAGAGAGAAUGACUGGGUGUAUGUGAUUGUAGCAGAGUCGAGAAGAGAAGGGUUCAUACCACACUCAUACUGUGCUCCAUGUGAACCUCAUGAUCUCAAGAAAAAGCUUCCGAGAAGCAGAUCCCCUGCAGAUUUAGCACACAGAGAUGUCUCACAACUAUCAGUGUCAGAUGGAGCAACAAAUGACGGGCACUCAGAACUAGGUAGCGAAGGAGAAGCAUGUCCCUUCAGCAAAGACCCAUCAGGGCGGUACGUGGUACUGUACACAUUCACUGCCAGGGAUGAGAAUGAUGUUGAUGUUGAACGAGGAGAAUUUGUUACUGUACUCAAUAGAGAAGACCCAGAUUGGUAUUGGAUAGUGAGAAGCGACGGCCAAGAGGGAUUCAUACCAUCCGGCUUUGUUUACCCAGCAGUAGUACAAGCCACUCAGCAAGACAACAGUCAGCAAUUGCUGUCGCCGCCGGCUUCGAACCCCAACACCACAAUGUUAUCCACAACCACCGCGCUCACCGCCCCGGAUAGCGACGGCCGCUACCACGGCACGGAGCUAGUUAUGCUCUAUGAUUACAAGGCACAAGCGCCGGACGACCUGUCGGUGAAGCGCGGCGAGUGGGUGUACGCGGACCUGACGCAGCAGACGGUGGAAGGCUGGCUGUGGGCGCACGCGCCCAAGUGUCGCCGCUCCGGCUUCAUCCCCACCGCCUACGCGCGCGCGCCGCACACCACCGAGCUGUGACGUCACGCUCCCGCUACACCAGCUAUAGCGUCCACACACGAGAAGACGUAGUUACAUUACUCUCCGAUAUGAUGCUGUAGAUAAUAUUGGAACCAAUACUCCCAAGAACAUAAUAGUUUCUUCGGCUCCGGCUACAUGGUUCGACUUUCAAUAUAACAUUUACAUGAAUACAAACAUGUUGUCAAUUUAUUAUUAAAAUCAUACUUUAUGUAAUUACUCAAAAUGCCUUAAUCUUAGCCUUUUAAUUAUGGCCAUAUAUUGUUUUUUUAUUAUGUAAAUUUAGUUAAGAUUGUCUUCCGUAGUCGUAAGUUUCAACAUUCCGAUAACUACUGUAUAUUAUCCGUCCAAAUUCGACUGAAUUUCUUAUUACGCUUUUUAUGUAUUUUAAAAAAGUGGUCUGUUUUACUGCUUUGUGAUAAUUUAGAUUAACCUAAAUGUAACAUAUCAGACAGCGCAAAUAAUGUAUUUAAUAUGGCUGUAACUUACCAAUCAUAUCUAGCAGUUAGUCAGAUUACAAUGACUUAGAUUUGAUAUUUUACAAGAAAGCGGUGAAACAGACCCCAAAUCUUGUGAUUACAUAAGAUAUUUUGUAUUUGUAUGAAUAGACGUUAUAAAAAUACUA